AUGUUUGAGGAUGCAAACAACAUCAGCUCCUCACUAAGUCUUCAGUUGCACAACCCUCAAACUGGAACAUCAGCUCCUCUCCGAAUCUCCACCUGCACAACCUUCAAUCUAGAACACCUGCUCCUCUCCGGGUCUGCAGCUGCACGAACCUCAAACUAGAACAUCAGCUCCUCCCCGGGUCUUCAGCUGCACGACCCUCAAUCUAGAACAUCCGCUCCUCCCCAGGUCUCCAGCUCCAUGACCCACAAUCUAGAACAUCAGCUCCUCCCUGAGUCUCCAGUUGAAAGACCCUCAAUGCGAACAACAUCACGCUCCUAUCCGAGUCUGCAGCUGCACGAACCUCAAACUAGAACAUCAGCUCCUCCCCGGGUCUGCAGCUGCACGAACCUCAAUCUAGAACAUCAGCUCCUCUCUGGGUCUGCAGCUGCAAGACCCUCAAACUACAACAUCAGCUCCUCCCUGGGUCUCCAGCUCCAUGACCCUCAAUCUAGAACAUCAGCUUUUACCUGCUCCUCUCCGGGUCUGCAGCUGCAUGAACCUCAAACUAGAACAUCAGCUCCUCCCCGGGUCUUCAGCUGCACGACCCUCAAUCUAGAACAUCCGCUCCUCCCCAGGUCUCCACUCCUCCCCAAAUCUCCCGCUGCACAAUCUUCAACCUAGAACAUCCGCUCCUCUCCGGGUCUGCAGCUGCACGAACCUCAAACUAGAACAUCAGCUCCUCCCCGGGUCUGCAGCUGCACGAACCUCAAUCUAGAACAUCAGCUCCUCUCUGGGUCUGCAGCUGCAAGACCCUCAAACUACAACAUCAGCUCCUCCCUGGGUCUCCAGCUCCAUGACCCUCAAUCUAGAACAUCAGCUUUUUCAGCUCCUCCCUGAGUCUUCAGUUGCAUGACCCUCAAACUGGAACAUCAGCUCCUCCCUGAAUCUCCAGCUGCACAACCUUCAAUCUAGAACAUCCGCUCCUCCCCGGGUCUGCAGCUGCAUGACCCUCAAUCUAGAACAUCAGCUCCUCCCCGGGUCUGCAGCUGCAUGACCCUCAAAUUAGAACAUCCGCUCCUCCCCGGGUCUGCAGCUGCAUGAACCUCAAUCUAGGACAUCAGCUCCUCUCCGGGUCUGCAGCUCCAUGACCCACAAUCUAGAACAUCAGCUCCUCCCUGAGUCUCCAGUUGAAAGACCCUCAACGCGAACAACAUCAACUCCUCCCUGAGUCUUCAGUUGCACGAUCCUCAAACUAGAACAUCAGCUUCUCCACUGGUCUCCAGCUAUAGGGCCUUCAAAUUAAAACAUCAGCUCCUCCCCGAGUCUUAGGCUGCAUGACCCUCAAAUUAGAACAUCUGCUCCUCUCUGGGUCUCCAGCUCCAUGACCCUCAAUCGAGAACAUCAGCUCCUCCCCGGGUCUUCAGCUGCACGAACCUCAAUCUAGAACAUCAGCUCCUCUCUGGGUCUGCAGCUGCAAGACCCUCAAACUACAACAUCAGCUCCUCCCCGGGUCUCCGGCUCCAUUACCCUCAAUCUAGAACAUCAGCUUUUCCCUGAGUCUCCAGUUGAAAGACCCUCAACGCGAACAACAUCAGCUCCUCCCUGAGUCUUCAGUUGCAUGACCCUCAAACUGGAACAUCAGCUCCUCCCCUAAUCUCCAGCUGCACAACCUUCAAUCGAGAACAUCAGCUCCUCCCCGGGUCUUCAGCUGCACCAACCUCAAUCUAGAACAUCAGCUUAUCUCUGGGUCUGCAGCUGCAAGACCCUCAAACUACAACAUCAGCUCCUCCCCGGGUCUCCAGCUCCAUGACCCUCAAUCUAGAACAUCAGCUUUUCCCUGAGUCUCCAGCUGAAAGACCCUCAAUGCAAACAACAUCAGCUCCUCCCUGAGUCUUCAGUUGCACGAUCCUCAAACUGGAACAUCAGCUCCUCCCCGAAUCUCCCGCUGCAGAAUCUUCAAUCUAGAACAUCUGCUCCUCUCCGGGUCUGCAGCUGCAUGAACCUCAAAUUAGAACAUCAGCUCCUCCCCGGGUCUGCAGCUGCACGAACCUCAAUCUAGAACAUCAGCUCCUCUCCGGGUCUUCAGCUGCACGAACCUCAAUCUAGAACAUCAGCUCCUCUCCGGGUCUUCAGCUGCAUGACCCUCAAUCUAGAACAUCAGCUCCUCCCUGAGUCUCCAGUUGAAAGACCCUCAAUGCGAACAACAUCAGCUCCUCCCUGAGUCUUCAGUUGCACGAUCCUCAAACUAGAACAUCAGCUUCUCCACUGGUCUCCAGCUAUAGGGCCUUCAAAUUAGAACAUCAGCUCCCCCCCGAGUCUUAGGCUGCAUGACCCUAAAUUAGAACAUCUGCUCCUCUCUGGGUCUCCAGCUCCAUGACCCUCAAUCGAGAACAUCAGCUCCUCCCCGGGUCUUCAGCUGCAUGAACCUCAAUCUAGAACAUCAGCUCCUCUCCGGGUCUCCAGCUCCAUGACCCACAAUCUAGAACAUCAGCUCCUCUCCGGGUCUCCAGCUCCAUGACCCACAAUCUAGAACAUCAGCUCCUCCCUGAGUCUCCAGUUGAAAGACCCUCAAUGCGAACAACAUCAGCUCCUCCCUGAGUCUUCAGUUGCACGACCCUCAAACUGGAACAUCAGCUCCUCUCCGGGUCUCCAGUUGCACGAACCUCAAUCUAGAACAUCAGCUCCUCUCCGGGUCUGCAGCUCCAUGACCCUCAAACUGGAACAUCAGCUCCUCCCUGAGUCUUCAGCUGCACGACCCUCAAACUAAAAAACACCAGCUCCUCCCCAGGUCUCCAGCUGCGCAACCCUCCAAUUAAAAUUACACCAGCUCCUCCCGGGUCUCCAGCUGAAUGAUCCUCAAACUCUCCCACUCGGAUCUCCAGCUCCACGACCCUCACAGAGGAACAGCCACCCCGGCUCCUUCACUGUCUUCAGCUCCACAACCUAAGACAUCAGUGGCAGCACCAGUGCCUCCCCGGACCUCCAGCUCAAUGACUCUCAUAGACUUAAAAGGCAGCAUCGGCUCCUCCCCAAGGCUCCAGCUCCACCACCCUCAGAUGUGAACAGCAGUAGCACCAGCUCCUGUCCAGGGCUUCAGCCCCGUGACCCUCCCUGAACAAUCCCGUCUCGUGAAAUUCAGCAGUCAAGAAAACUGCAGCGGAAGCAAAUGAAUAAAUGUUUUGUUUUCAAAUC